UAAAUUUACAUAAAAAGAAAACUAAAUUGUGUUAAGGUGGAUAAAAAGAAGGAAAAAUAAAAAUAAAAAGAAAUCGCUGACUCACUCUCUAAUUAAAGUCAGUCAUAUUUGAAAACGUGUUAAUUACAUAUAUUACAAGCAGUACGGGGAAAUACCUACUUCAAUAUCAACAACGCGAAGCCAACAUUCACACGAUAAUCAAACUUGGAAGGAAAUAUCAACACUACAAUGUUUGAUGCCUGAUGACUGGAAGAAGAAGAGAGUAAAAAGAGUUAAUUACGCAGUGCUAUAUAUAUACACAUAUAUAGAGAAAAUUUUACAAUCGUUUUGGCGAGAUUUUACUACUGUAAAAAGUGGUGGAAAAAGAAAAGGAAUAAAGCAUAUAUACAGAGCAUUUUUUUUAUUUCUAUUUUUUUUUUUUGAAACGUCAAACAUGAUAAACGAAUAUUAUGGUGAAAAGGACAUUGUUGAUAUGGACACAAUGGAGAGAGUACCAUAUAGAAGUGAAUCCUCAAAUACAAGCACAAGCGGAUAUUCAACAGGUCCAUGGAAUUCUCCUGCUUCGGGUUAUUCACCAGCACAAUCGCCUGCAUCCGCUUUACCAGCUGAAUUUUCCACACUUAAUGUAAUGUCGUCUCAGUCAAUGUCCCAAUAUGAACAACAGCAGCCGAUGGCUUUUACUCAGCCAUACAAUACACAAUCCCAAUUUGCGCAAAUGUCGCAUACGGGAAAUCGUGGCGGCGACUUUAAUGAAAAAAUGAAAUAUGAAGCCCGAUUGGAAAUUACUGAAGAGCCAAUGGAAAAAUUCCGAUUUCGAUAUAUAUCCGAAAUGCAUGGAACGCAUGGCUCGUUGAAUGGAGCUAACUCGCAAAGGAAUCCAAAGACAUUUCCGGAAGUGCGUUUAGUUGAUUAUAAAGGUCCAGCAAUAAUUCGUUGCAGUUUGUUCCAAGCAAAUUUAGAGAGUCCACAUUCGCAUCAGCUUGUCAUACGCAAAGACGACGACGACGUCUGUGAUCCGCACGAUGUAAAAGUUGGUGAACUUGGUUAUUAUGCGAAAUUUGCUAACAUGGGAAUCAUUCAUACCGCUAAGAAAUUCAUUAUGGGUGAAUUGUUAAAAAAGAAACGACGACGUUUAAUAUUUGAGUUAGGCGGUCGCGAAUUAACUACAAAGGAGGAACAAGAAAUUCAUAAACAAACUGAAAAGGAGGCUAAAGAUAUGAAUUUAAAUCAGGUGCGACUUUGCUAUGAAGCGUUCCGGGUGGAAGAGAAUGGUACGUAUGUGCCAAUUGCUGCCCCCGUUUAUUCGCGUCUUAUCAACAAUCGUAAAUCGGCUCAGACCGGAGAUUUGCGUAUUACACGUUUAAGUAUCUGCACAGGCAGCGUACUUGGUAAUGAGGAUCUUAUAUUAUUGGUAGAGAAGGUUAGCAAAAAAAAUAUAAAAGUUCGUUUUUAUGAAAUGAACGAUGAGGACGGUGAAAUUUGGGAGGCGUUCGCUCAAUUUCGCGAAUCCGAUGUGCAUCAUCAAUACGCGAUUGUUUGCAAAACGCCGCCUUACAAAGAUCGCGAUAUCGAUCGUUUUGUAGAGGUUUUCAUUGAACUUGUGCGACCAUCGGACGAUGAACGCAGUUUUCCUCCGGUAACGUUUCGUUACAAGCCCCGCGAGGCUGUAAUAUCAAGGAAACGUAAACGCACUUGUUCAACAACUUCAAGCCGAAGUAAUAGCAAUAUUAGUUCAGGUGAUUUACCCAAGACCGUACAUGAGCAAUCGAAAAUUUUGACAUCAGCUGAGAUGAUGGAAGAGCUUGAACGUCUUUUGCAAGACAACGAUUUAAAGAAGAAACUUUCAAGUUAUUCGGAUGAUAUGAAUUUGAAUGAUUUGAUUCAGACCCUUGAUGGCUGUGGCCGCUUGGAAAAGGAUGGCGUUGGCGGUGGCGAUGGCGAACGAUCAAAAAUUAUGCAUUACAAAAAAAAAUUGAUAGAAAAGAAGACAAUGGACAACUAUUCACACGCGCCUGACAUUAAUCAACCAACAACAGGCACUUUGUCACCCUAUUUGCAACGUAUAUCAAAAAUAUAUGUCGAUGUACGUAAUGAGAAACCUAUUGCCAAUGAGACCGUUAAGCAUUCCGCAGCCGAGCAAAUAACAAAAAUUUUCAAUGAACAUUUGGAUAAUAGCGAUAACGGUGAUUCCAUAAUGCAUGAAGUUGUCCUUGCCGAUAAUAACAAAUCGGCCAUGCAAUUAUGCCAUAUUUUAACGUAUUUCAAUAUCCAAAACUUAUUGAACACAUUAUUAAAUAGCAAUGGACAAACAGCAUUACAUUAUGCCUGUCUAUAUAACCGGGCUCAGUAUAUACGACCUUUGAUAACUUUAGGUUGCCGGGCAAAUUUACAAGAUAAUCAAGGCAAUACAUCGAUACAUAUAGCUGUGCGUGAAAAAUACUCAAAAUGUCUGGAAAGUUUCAUCAAUGCCAAUAUCAUUUUACAAUUGAACAUUUUAAACGAUGACGGUUUCACUCCUCUACAUCUGGCCAUACGUGAUAAUAAUUACGAGAUGGCAAUUAAAAUGCUUAGGCAUGAUAGAACGAUAGCCGCCGUUGCUAAUAAUAAGGAUGGCGGUAAUGCUUUGCAUAUGGUUGUUCAACAGCAGCAUUUACCGUUAGUGGAAAUUAUAUUAGAAACGCAAAAUAAAGUAUCAAUAUUGAAAGCACAGAAUGCAGCCGGUUACACACCCUACGAUUUGGCCAAGGAGUUGUCUAUUGGUAGUAAAUCGGGGCAGGAGAUUUUGAAUGUACUUCAAAAUCAUUAUACAGACGACGAGAUGAGUGAUCUUAUAUCUGGUAGCGUUAUAGCUAACGCAAUCAAAGAAACGGUCAACGAUAGAGAGGAAGAAUACGAUCGGAAACUUGUUAUCAAAGAAGAAGAAGCAACAUCAUCAUCAACCGAUGAUGACGACGAUGAGAAUGACGACGAGCCUAUGCUACUACAAACAAAUGAAAUUAAAAUCGAGGAAUCUCUCGAUAAAUGCACUUUAAAGAUAGCGCUUAAUAAUGUAAACACUUUUCAAAAAUUAUCUUUAAUUAUGAACAAAGGGGAUAAAUGGAAGAUACUAGCCCGGAUAUUAGAUAUUGAAUAUGAUUUUUUCAAAAGUGCUGAAGGCGUCCUCAAUUGGCUUAAACGUCAUCUCGAUGAUAUCGAUUUACAGCUCUUCAGUUUAGCUUUAGACCAAUUAGAUAAAACUCUUCUAGAUAUCAUAAGAACUUCUUCAUAAAGAUAAGUGAAUUUGUGAAAUUUAGUUAAGGUGUUGGCUUCUUACGCCUGUAUGUGUUUAAACAUUUGCUUAAUUAAUUAUUCUCAGCAUGAAAAGCAAAAAUCAAUACUAUUGAAAUAAAAUACUUAUUUACAAUAUUAACGCACUAUUAUGUUAUUAUGUUAGGUAAGGGUCAUUGCAUUUCAUUACAUUGGAGAAGUGAGCCAGAAAUAUUGCAGAAUCCUCGAGCUCUUCAUUAGCUACAACUUGCAAGUGAUUGUGGUGAUUGAUGAGAUUUAAGGGAAUUCGGGGCGUGCACCCAAGUCUAUAAGUUUUGCAGCUAAUUCCAAAUGACUUGAAUGAGAUUUAUAUCAACAUUUGGAACUGACAC